AUGAGUCUUCCAAAGAGCACUGCUUUUUUCUGCAAUGUUUUGAACCAUGUUAAAAUUGCUAUUCUUAAUGUGUUACCUUUUAAGGAGGGUUCGUUACCAGUGAAGUAUUUGGGAGUGCCUUUAGUAUCUUCUAGAUUGAUGCUACAGGAUUGUAGAGUGUUAGUUGAUAAAGUAAAGAAAAGAGUUGAUGACUGGAAGAAUAAGUUUCUUUCUUUUGCAGGAAGACUUCAACUUAUUAAUUCGGUUAUUUCCUCCUUGCAUGUUUACUGGUGUUCUGUUUUUAUACUUCCUUCGCGAGUUAUUUUGGAUAUUGAGCAAAUUAUGCGAGGUUUUCUAUGGAGUCAUGGUACAGUACAAAAAGGGAAAGCGAAAGUUGCAUGGGAUGUUUGGGUUCAUUCGUAUAAACUUCGAGGUAAGAGCUUUUGGGAAGUUCAACCAGCAGGUAAUGUUUCUUGGUGUUGGCGAAAGCUUCUUCAGGUUCGUACAUUAUUAAGAACAUUUUUCUGGCAUAAAUUGGGUAAUGGUAAUUUGACUUCUGCUUGGUUUGAUUUAUGGUGUGACAAUGGUCCUUUGAUGGAUAACUUAACACCUAGAAUGAUUACAAGCGCUGGAUUCCAAAUGAACUCGAAGGUUUUUAUGAGGUUUUGUAUAAUGGAAAUUGGGUAUGGCCAGAUUCUUGGAAUUCCAGAUUGGUGCAUUCCGAAGCACUCCUUUAUUCUUUGGUUGGUGAUGCUUAAGAAGCUGAAACCUCAAGAUAUGCUUCGCUCUUGGGAUAUGUCGUCUAGUAGUUCGAUGGAUGUUGUUUGCCCUUUGUGUGAGAUUACUCCGGAUUCUCAUAAUCACCUUUUCUUUGAUUGUGUUUAUUCGACUCAGGUUUGGAGUUUGAUUUGUGCAAAAACACAGCUCAUUACUUCGGCUGUGAGUUGGGAUGAUAUUGUUGCUGAGAUUAUACCUUUUGCGCAUAAGAACUCGAUUAAGAGUGUGGUUACUAAACUACUGCUUGCUGCUUUUGUUUAUUUCCUUUGGAAUGAGAGAAACUCGAGAUUGUUUGCUAGAAAUCGAAGAAGUGCAGGUCAAUUGGCUGAACAGAUUACUAAUACUAUACGGAUGAAAUUGAUUACUUUUCGAUUCAAGAAAUCAAGAAAAUUGGAUGAGUUGCGGAUAGCUUGGUCUCUUCCCUCUUACGUUAUUCAUGAUAGAUAG